AUGGCACUGGCCAAAGACCAAAAAAUUCCACAUGAUUCAAGCAUGAGCAGCAAGGUUCAAAACUGUUUUUUUAGUGAGGCUAGCGUGGAGACUACCUCCAUGACUGUUCAUAGAGUCAAUGAGUACCACAAAUCAGUGUUAGCAGAGGAAGAUGGUCUCGGCAAUGAUUCAGCUGUAACACAUUCUCCUCCUCUAUGUGGCAGUGGCAAAGGAUAUGCUUAUAAGGGCACGAACUAUCAGCUUGAAGAAGAAGAAUCUCUGAUUAAUUUCAAAGGGUACAGCAAUCUCAUGCAAACUGAUGAAUCAUUGCUUAGCUUUCAGCACAACAGGGAUACUAGUCAGAAAGAGUACUGUGUUUGGGAGAAUAAUUUGCAUCAAGGCCAUAACCACUGGAAUGAGACUAGUCCAAGAAGCACUAAAAACAUGCGUCUGGUGCAGGAUUUCAAUUGCUUUCAUACUGCUAGUGGCUAUAGCUCCAUAUUCAAUAAUGCAAACGAGAAGCAACAUGUUCAAAGUUCAUCAGGGUGGCUCUACUCAGCACCAUCUAUCCCGAAUGAUAGGAGCCUCCACAAGUUAGGAGCACCAGAGACAGUUUUGCAAAAGCGCCCUUCAAUGGGACAGAACAUGAAAGCUGCGAAGAAGCAAUGUUCAACUGAGAGCAAAACGCCAAAACAUAAGUCAAGCCCCUCCAAGGAUCCUCAAAGUGUGGCUGCCAAGAAUCGAAGAGAGAGGAUAAGCGAGCGAUUGAAGAUACUACAAGAACUAGUGCCUAAUGGCUCCAAGGUUGAUAUGGUUACUAUGCUGGAGAAAGCAAUUAGCUAUGUAAAGUUUCUUCAACUUCAAGUGAAGGUGUUGGCAACUGAUGAAUUUUGGCCUGUUCAGGGUGGAAAACCUCCUGAUAUUUCUCAAGUAAAGGAAGUCAUCGAUGCCAUUCUAUCAUCACAAAGAGAGAGAAGUUCAAGCUCAAAGUAG